AUCAAAAGUAACAAGACGUCAGAAAAUUUACUUCUUUUUUUUUUCCUUGAAUAUUUUGUAAUGAGAAUUUUUAUAUGUAUAUAAAUGAUGGAACGUCCUUCACCAUUCAUAGAACUCAGAAGCAAGCCACAAGGGUGAAGAGUGAGAUCGAUGGAAGAGAUUAGUGAGGCUGCAUUAGCUUAUUAUGAAAAUGGAAGUGAAGAGCAGAAGCAGUUGGCACGGGAUUUCUUCAAUAGCUUGGAUGAGGAUGGAAACGGAACAGUGGACGUCCAUGAGUUCAUCAAGAUUCUCAGUGAAGAGGGGCAUGGGUUAGUGAAUAAUUCCGGAUUUUUCCAAGAGCUUGACCGUGAUGGCAAUGAAAGUCUGGAUUUCAAUGAAUUUCUCACCCUAUUCUAUAUCAUUAAAAGCCGUAGUAGGCCUUUCUGUGCUGGGUGUGGAAUUUUUUUGAAGAGUUUGUUUUUCAGUUGCGCUAAGUGCCAUGAAAGCAGCGAUGAAACAUUUGAUCUUUGCUCUGCGUGUUACCGGGGCAAAAGGUUCAGUCACCAGCACGCUGCCUUUUUAGAUAACUACACUUUGUUGGCACACAAGAGGCUCAUCACCCUGGGAGGAAAGGGACAACCAAACACGAGUCAGGCAGCUUCUUCAGGGACAAGUAGUUCCAACCCUAAGCCACCAGAGUCUAAAAGUGCAACUUCUUCACAGAGCAGUUCCAGCGCUAAGCCACAGAAGCCUAAAACCAAAACUUCAGCCAGGCCGAACCCUAAACAAGAGAAAAGGAGGCAGAGAUUAGAGGCUUUUAACAAUGGAAUUGACAUUGGAAACUAUGUUAGUGACGUUACCGGUGAAUGUAGCAUUCUAUAAAAUUGCGUUUGACAACGAUUUUAUAAAAUAUUUUUAUUCUUUUUAAUACUUGAAAUAUAAAAAUUUUGAAACAUUAAAUAUAUAAAAAAUAUUUCGUAAAAUCACUAUCAAACGCAUUAUAAGUAUUUCGUUAUUGAAAUCUAGUUAUAAUUAAGGACCUCUCCCAAUGUGAUUUUCACCGAUUCUAUGUACUAUUCGACUUUGCUGGGAACUAUACUAUUUGAUUUUCAAUACUCAUGUAUAUGGUAUAUUUUAUUGAGAUUGUUGCUUGAAGUAAAAAAGAAAAAAAAAAACAAAUAGAAAAUAACCCUGGUUUAUACAUAUUAUCGGGGAGCUUUUGCUUGUUA